CACGGUUACUUAGAGAUGAUUGGUCACCUUCCCCAGUCCACAGAUGAGGGCCUACCAGACUCCUCCUCCAGCAGCCAUAGGUCCUUCGGCUCCUCUCGCUCUGCCUUCACAAGUGGGACGCUCCAGCGGACAGACAGCCCCUCCAUGGGUCAGCCCUGGCCAGAGGACAGAGCCCUCCUGAGCCGCCACGCCUCCCUCAGCACCUGCCCCACCCCCAGGCACCCCCCUCCCCACUCCAUGUCCCUGGACUACGGACACCACUCCCCUCCCAUGCACCCCCACCCGGCCCCCAACUCCCACAGCUCCCCCCGGGGAAGCCAACGGAGCCACAUGGCCCGCUAUGCCCUCACCCACAGCCCCGCACACAGCUUUGAUGAGCAGGACGACUCAGGCCUGGGGAGCUACGGCACCGCCGACUGCCCAGUCUCUGCCUCUCCUCUACUGGGGAACGGCGGCAUGGAGAGGGGCAUGUUGAUGUCUGGUUCCAUGGACCAGCAGGGCACCAUCCGGACCCAGCAGCACCAGCAGCUCCAGGCCCAGGGGCCUUGCCUCCGCUGCUGCCCGAGAAGAGGAGGGCGUCAGACGGGGAGCACUCCCUGGGCACGGCCUCCCCAGCCCCCAGCGGGUUCUCCAGCCCACACAGCGGGAGCUCCCUCAGUAUCCCCUUCCCCAAUGUCCUGCCUGACCUCUCAGCCUCUGCACAGAUGCCGAGCACUGCCUCACCUCUGCCAGAUGUCCUGGCCAUCAAGCAGGUGACUGUAAAAUUUGUGCAAGACACAUCGAAAUUCUGG